GCUCGCGUCGCAACCAAUUGCUAAUUUCAUGGUCAUCUGACAACCAUCUCACUGGCCGUGACGACAAAAAUUUUUACACAAUAGCUACCACCAACAAAGAAUCUUUUGUGUAUAGAACAAACUGGUAGUAAAUUGCUGAAAAUAUAUUUCAUUAGAAGUUUUAUAAACAAUAUACGCCCUUAGAAACAUUAUUCAUUGUGAUAAAGUGUGAUUGGUGCGUGAAAUCGUAAUGUCAACUCCUGCCAGAAGACGCCUGAUGAGGGAUUUUAAACGUCUUCAAGAAGAUCCACCCACGGGUGUGUCGGGUGCUCCUACUGAUAACAAUAUAAUGAUCUGGAAUGCUGUGAUAUUUGGUCCCCAUGACACUCCGUUUGAAGAUGGCACAUUCAAACUGACCAUUGAAUUUACAGAGGAGUAUCCCAAUAAACCUCCUACGGUUCGGUUUGUGUCCAAAAUGUUUCAUCCAAAUGUUUAUGCUGAUGGUGGAAUUUGUUUAGACAUCUUGCAAAACAGAUGGAGCCCAACAUAUGAUGUAUCUGCUAUCUUAACCUCUAUACAGUCAUUACUAAGUGAUCCAAACCCAAAUUCGCCGGCGAACUCAAUGGCAGCGCAACUAUACAAAGAAAAUCGGAGGGAGUAUGAAAAACGAGUGAAAGCAUGUGUAGAACAAUCAUUUAUUGAUUAGCAGGGUGCGGGCAGGACACCCGCUCGGGGCUCGGCAUCCGCGCCGGCGUCGCCGGCCGUACCUCCGCGUUCAUUCAUUCAUUGGGACAACCAAGUAAAUUAAUAGUAAUUAAUCAACAACACCAUUUCCAUAUACCAAUAAGAUUUUUAGUACCUAAUGAUAAGAAGUUAAAAUUGAAGUCAAUCAUAUUUUUUUAUCAUAUAGCAAGCUAUGAUGCAUUAUUCAAAUGGACAAUAUGGAACACUGUCAUGUAUUCAGUUAUAUACUUACUUUUAUUAGUAAGUACUCAAAAUAAUUUAUGAAGAGUUGUAACCUAAACCCCUGAAUUUUAUGAAAGAUGACCUAUUCACAACCUCAAUUGUCUUAUAAAUGUCAUGAUAUUAUUAAUCAAUCUAGUGAGUCAUAAAAAAAGUUCGGUGUUAGCUGCCCUACUAACAAUUUUUGCUAAUGUUUAGAUACAUACAUUGUGCAUGUCAUUGAUUUGGUAUGUAUUGAGACUAAAAACGUUAGUUUGUUAUCAUAUACAUACAUACUUAGAAAGUUUAAUCACUAUAUAACAAACUGUUUGACUGUAACAACUUCCAUGUGACUAGUUACCAACAGAUUGCUUACAAAUGUCUGCUAAAAUUCAACUUCUAUAAAAAUAUUUGAUUACAUAAAAAUCAAUAAUAUUAGAAUGAGAGACAUAAACAGUUAAAUGCACUUUGCUAAAUUUUGUAUUAAUAAAAUAGAUGUUAAUCAUAAGAAGUGUCUGGUUAGUGUCUAAUGUGUCUGGUACCGCAAUAAUUAACUUAACUAUUAUAUUAUACAAGAAGUUGGAAAGGACAAUCCUGAAGAUUAUCAGCAUUACAUUAUUGUAAAACGCCUUUUCUAUCACAGUGUUUACCUUUAAAGAGUACAAGUGAUAGGUACGUUAACCCUUACAUUUUGAUAUACGAUAUGCAGCCUUAAAUAGUUUAUCGGGAUUCUGCACUAAAAUAAUAUGUAUAUGCUUGAUUCUCAUUCUAGUUUAUAUACUUACUUCUAACAGCAAUGUCCCAAUGGAUACAAACUGAAAUACUGUAGUGAUUUUCUUGUUUUCUAAUAAAGCUAAAAGUUUGAAAUGAAAUGUCAACGGUUCCAAGGACGUUUUACGUAUGUGUAAUAUUUGUCUUCUAGUAAAAUAUUAUUUUCGGUUUUU